GGAAGUUUACAGUGCGCUGACGGACUUUUAGUGAGUUCAGUGUGGUGCGCUCUCGGUGCGUCACACGCUCAGAACCUCCACUGGAAAGAGACUCGACUGCAAAGUGAUCAUACAUGCAAAUACAGCAGAGGCUCCAGUUUCUCUCUGAUCACAGCAAGCUGCUUUUCCCAUCCAAGCUUGAAUUUGCUUCUACUUGUGGCUGAAUCUCAGGAGUGCAAUGGAUGUCAUCCCGAUGUGUAGCAUCUUCCAGGAGCUCCAAAUUGUUCACGACACGGGAUACUUUUCAGCUUUACCGUCUCUGGAAGAGUACUGGCAGCAGACAUGCCUCGAGCUGGAAAGAUACCUCCAGAGCGAGCCCUACGUCUCAGCCACAGACCUCAAAUUUGACAACCAGGAGGACCUGUGGAGCAAGUUGAUGCUCGCCCGCGGGGACAAAUCGGACCCAAAGAUCCCCCACAUCAAGGAGGAGGAAGACAAUCAGGACAACCAGCACCUUGAUGUUGGCAGCUUCAACUCUGACUCCAGCAGCGAGGCUUCAGACAGCUCUGAGGAGCUCUCCCCUACCCUCGACUUCUCCUCCAGCUCUUUGACUGAUAUUCUAGGCGAGAGUGGCGAAGACCUCAGUUCUGCCAUUAUCAGCACACCGCCCUCCUCACCUGAGCUUGGCAAGGAGAGCUCCGUAGCCCAGGAGUGGGGUCGGAUACAGACUGUGCUGCACACCCCUGGGAAAAUGAGGACUGGGGGCAUGGAGAGGACCCUGGACAGGUCCGGGCUGACCAGUGGGGAAGCAUCACCUGAUGGGAGGAGGAGGGUGCACAGGUGUCACUUCAACGGAUGCAAGAAGGUGUAUACCAAGAGCUCGCACCUCAAAGCACACCAGCGCACACAUACAGGUGAAAAGCCUUAUAGGUGUUCAUGGGAGGGCUGUGAUUGGCGCUUUGCACGAAGUGAUGAACUCACCCGACACUUCAGGAAGCACACUGGAGCAAAGCCAUUUAAAUGUAGUCACUGCGACAGGUGUUUCUCCCGCUCUGACCACCUGGCGCUGCACAUGAAGAGGCACAUCUAAGAUGGCCUCCAUGUUGAGAGCUCUGAGGGAUGAUUCUGUUAGAUUGUCCUGACCUGUUGGGGAUCAGCGAGGCCGGUGUGUCCUGGUAGCGUUAACAGAGGCACCGCCGUGUUCCAGUCAGUGGAAAAACAUGAAGCAACGCAGGCUAUUAUUUGCACCAUACUUAGUGCCUCCAACACCUCGCUGUGGAGACUUCUCUUCAAAGGCUUUUACGGAGGAGUGGGAGGGCAAAGAGAGACUUGGAAAAAAGUAAAGUGGGGGGAAAAACUCGGCUGAAGAAGAUGGGAAGAGACUCUUCUGUAUGGUGUUCAAUGCUUUUUUUUUUCCUGGAGGAUUGUGGGACUCUGGGGGUCGGGGUGCCAUUCCUCCAAUGACAGUGUGUUUGCCAGUGUGCAUGGGACUGUGAGUGCCUGUGACUGGAUGCCUUUGCUGGCUUUAUGGAGCGGAUGGAGCUUGCAUUGUGGAACUGCGAGUGAAUGACAUGGAAGGGGACGAUGUUAUACAAGGGAGGUUUUCUGUUUGUGAGGGGGGCGGGGGUUAUCUGUUGUCUCACUAAGAAUGAAUGCAAGCAAACGGUUCUGUCUGUGUUGAUUGAGUCUGUUCGCAGUGGCAGGGAGUAAGGGGGUUGUUUGGUGGGGCUGAUUAACUAGAAGGCGCCCCCUUUCUGCCAGGAGGUGGAACUACAACUUCCUGUCCAAAAGUGGGAGGUUGUUUUGUUUAGUGCAGCUAUUAAAUGUGCAAUGUAUUACGUAGCCUGUCUCAAAACAUACACGCUAUAAAACUCAUUUUGUUGUCCAUUGUGUAAGCCUUCUAUCUUAUAAACAAAAAAAAAAAACAAAAAAAAAAAAAAAAAAAUUGUACACAGUUAUUGCCAUUAUAACAGAAAUUGCAUGGGAUCUGGGGAUGUGUUGCUCACUUGUUUGCUUAUAGGACAACAAAAUUCCAUUCAAGAGCAGCUACCUUCAUAAUGCUCAAUAUUCUUGUAUUGUACAAAACACAUAAGGCAGUCUUUGUUUUUCUUUCUUGAGAAAUUGGGGAUACCACUAUUGCUUAGCAACUGUCUUUAUCAUGGGAUUUAUGUUCCUUUAUCUUCACAUUUGCUUUUCUCUUUUUUUUCUAUCUGUAAAUGCACUGUUGACCUUACUGAUGCCUUAUGUAAGUGGCCUUGUCCUGUUAAAUAGAUCACUCUCUCACUCACACACACCAAACGGCGAUUGCGAAUGCAGUAGUGCGUUACUAAAUAGCUUUAUAAAGGCUCUGAUCCAUACAGUUGCACCUUUUUUGCCCUUCUCUCUUGCAACAGAUUCCUCUAAACUCUUGAAUAUAAAAAAGUACCAUAUAUCAGCUUCAUAAUGACUGCCAUUUUUGCAUAUCUGUGCAUUCUGUGUUGAAUAUAUCAUGAAUAUAUCGGAACUAAAUCAUAUUAUUCAAAAUUAUCCAGAUCUGAGACAGAAUUGUGGAGUAUGUGGAAAAGCAAUUCACUUUUAUAGUGUUUUACUACUAUGUAGUAGAAAGCCUGUGUGGAUGAACAGCAGAUAAAUUGUAACUUGCUGUCAGAGGUACAGAGCCUUGGAAACAUGUUCUCAUGAAACACUGUGUGGUCAGUCACCAAGGCAGGGGCUAAUUAAAAUGUACAGCUAAGAAAACAUUUACAUCAGGGCCGUUUGUAUUAGUUGAUGUGUCAAAAGUGUGUACUGUUGGGAAAAGGACGUGUCCUUUGAAGUGAUGACGGCAGUCUCAACCAUGAGUCUGUUUCAGUGUUUGUUUUGUCUAGUCUCGAUCUCAUUGUCAGUCAGUGUCUUUCCUCACUACUGGUUUACACAACCCCUGUUCUGACUAAACGGUACAGAGACCAGUCUAACCAGUUCAGCUAAGCUGUGCUGCAGGUCUGCAGGUUUCUGUCUUGGUUAAUAAACCAGUGUGGGACAAGGACCAGAUUUAUGUCUGUGCCACCUCCGUUAUAUGCAUGUUUUAACUUAAGAGCUGAACACAUUUUUAAUGUGGGCUGUUAAAAUUCGCUCAUUCAAUUGGACAAUUUCACCAUCAUUUCCCAGUUCAGCAACAAUCUUUCUACUUGUUUUAGAUCAAAAUGCAAGACGAGGAAGUGUUGAGAGAGAACUUUGGGAUUUUUAUUUAAAAAUUGAUAUCCGUCACCCUGUAGUCAACAUCACAGGUAGCCUUGUAAUAAUUCAACACCUGUGCAGGUCAACUUGUUGUACAUUAUAGAAACUUUGUUUGGCCAUGCUUCUUUUUACACUGAAUAAUGUCAAAGAUGCAAAGAUAUGUGACAUUGUAAACUAAAGAGAAUUUUGUAAGGAAGCUUCUAUUUUGAAUGGGUAUGGGACCAAAUGUAGUGCAGUGUGCUGUUUCUAAAUAUGAGAGACAAAAGGCUGAAGAAUUACUGUAAAAUAGAUGCACUCCAUUCUCUUUCAUUUGCUUGUUUAACAACUUCAUUUUUGGAGAAAAUAAAUUUAUGAUUAAAUAAUGUACAUUUUCAAAUGGCAUCAAUAGCGCCUACACACGUGGCCUAUUAUCUUUGGAGAGAAAAAAAAAACUACAAAAACUGAACAAAAACAUCAUUUUUUUUUAUUUACCAUUAACU